AUGGACCAGUCGUGCAUCAUUGUUCUCUGCGGGAAGUCCUCUGUGGAAACUGAAAUAGCAACGCGUUUGAAGAAAGAUAACGUGCUUAAGCUCCAAGAUAAUGCCAAAGUUUCAAUCUUCUUACAAACUGAGGCUGAGGCUUUAUUACCCAAAGACGAGAAUUCCUUCAAUCUCUCCUUGUUCAUGGACUCCAUUUCAACUGAUCGGUUUGGUCGGUUUCUCAUCUGGUCUCCGAGGUUGUCUUCCACUCACGAUCUUGUUUCUCCCAACUUCUCUGAGCUUCCAAUUGGCACAGUUUGUGUCACUGAUGUCCAGUUUAAGGGUCGAGGAAGAUCAAAGAAUGUCUGGGAAUCUCCAAAGGGUUGUCUUAUGUAUUCUUUUACUCUACAAGUUGAAGAUGCUAAAGUUGUGCCUUUGAUACAGCAUGUGUUAUCUCUUGCUGUCACGGAGGCAGUGAAAGCUCUUUGUGACAAGAAGGGUUUGCCUUACAUUGACAUUAAAAUAAAGUGGCCAAAUGAUCUCUACUUGAAUGGUCUUAAGAUUGGAGGCAUUUUGUGUACCUCUACUUACAGAUCAAAAAAGUUCGAUGUCAGUGUUGGUGUUGGACUGAAUGUGGACAACGAGCAACCCACCACAUGCUUGAAUGCAGUACUAAGAGACCUGUCUCCCACAUCAAACCUAUUUACAAGAGAAGAAAUUCUUGGUGCUUUUUUGCAUAAAUUUGAAACAUUCUUUGAUCUACUCAUGGCCCGAGGAUUUAAACCUUUCGAGGAGCUUUACUACAGGACAUGGCUUCAUAGCGAGCAGAAAGUGGUUGUUGAAGAUAAAAUAGAGGACAGAGUUGUUCAAAACGUUGUGACCAUUCAGGGUGUGACAUCUUCGGGAUAUUUGUUAGCUACUGGAGAUGACAAUCAAAUGUAUGAGCUUCAUCCUGAUGGAAAUAGUUUCGACUUUCUCAAAGGUCUGGUCCGAAGAAAAUUAUGA